AUGCGAUUCUCAAUCCUCACCCUCACUUCAGCAGUCCUGUCCAUCGCCAGACUGUCUUCCGGACUUUCCGCCGACCCGGUUUUCCCCUUGGCUAUAUGUCAAGACAUCAACGACUGCGAGCGAUCCUGCAACAAUUUCCCACCCGAUGCAUGCGGCAGUGUGCAAGAGUGCAUCGACACCUGCCGGUUUGAUCGUAAUACUGGGCGAUGCUGUAAUCCAGGUGAUGGGUGCUAG